AUGCUGCUGCAGCCAAGAUAUCCCAGUCGGAUUGAACGACACACUCCCAUCAAGCAUGUUGCAGAUGAGGUUAUCCGCCGCUGUCUCCAAGAUCUAUACCGCUCCUACUACCCGAAGCAACGGGUGCUAGAUGCUAUCCAUCAUGAGGCACAACCAAUUCCAUCUGCACCACAAACCCGUCUUCCCGAGUCUUUCCAGACAGGAACUAUCAGCCACGAAUCAGCACCCGCCAAAAUCCUUCCACGACGCUAUGAACUUGCAAGUCCUCUUGAUAUAGUCAGCCUGAUAGCAGAGCUCCUCGCUGGCAGUACGCGCGAAAAUGUCGCAUUGCCUCUAUCGACCAGUGACCUCACUCGAUUCCAUUCCAAAACCCCUCCUAAUACGACUGUCUACGACUAUCUUCAUCAACUGACGGUGUAUAACGUUCUUACACCGCCAGUUCUGCUCACGGCGCUGAUCUAUGUCGUUCGACUGUGUGAAGCUCAGCCUGGAUUCGAAUUAAAUUGUCUUACUGUCCAUCGACUAUUCCUCGCCUGUGUGACUGUUGCGUCAAAGAGUGUGAGUGACUCUUUCUGGAAGAAUGCGUACUAUGCGUAUAUUGGUGGUGUUUCUGCGCGGGAACUGUCAAUGCUCGAGUUGGAAUUGCUGAGAUAUUUGCACUGGAAUGUCGUCACCAGGCAUGAUGAGCUUUUCAACUGUUAUGUUAUUCUUAUUGACAGACAUGCUGGAUAUCAACUCUAA